CUCUUCAUUAAACCACAACAUACGAAUAAUAGAUUUUAAACACUACUUACUUGAAUAACGUCUAUAUUGUUUUUGACCCCUUUGAACGGUACUAUAUAUAUCUCUACACUUUUUAGUGAAAGAUCACCAACAUUACAUCCACCGAGCACCAAAGCCGAAGCGGUUGAUUCCGCGAACAGCCACCUUGGGAGGUGGGCCAAUCGUCUACGCAUGAAGCAAGACAAUGACAACCAGGCUCUGACGCCAAACAGCCUCUACAAUGAUGAAGUAACUCCUGGCCCGAGAAUGAGUUCCUGUCCUCCGCAAUAUGAUGCGCCGGGACCUAAAAAGCUCAUGACCUCCGCAUUUGGUGGUCUCCGCGUCCGGCACUGCAUCUGCCUCACCCUCUUCACGCUCUCUCUCCUCUUUGUUUUCAAGUACAAUGCCCGAGACAACAUAUCUCUCUCUUCGUCCACUUAUUCGGAUACGGUGGAAUGGGAAUCACUCUCCGAAACCGAUCAGCUCCCGGAAGCCGCCACGGCAUUAUCUCUUAUGGAAGACUCGGACAAUCUCUCUCCGGACCCAGCCAGCAUCACUCUUAUUAAGACUUUAGAUCACUCCCUUGUACCGCAGGUCGGCCGACAGGGCAACUCUAACAGCGGCCUCCAGGGUCGCUUGAUUGUAGUCGGAGACAUCCAUGGCAUGAGGAGCGACCUAGAGCGGCUACUGGCGAAGCUGGACUUCGACUCGACCCGUGACCACCUGGUUUGCGCAGGGGAUAUGAUCAGCAAAGGCCCCGAUUCUAUCGGCGUGUUAGAUCUGCUGAUGCAGCUGGGCGCGAGCGCGGUGAGGGGAAAUCAUGAGGAUGGUGUUCUGAAGGCAUGGAAGAAGUUGCAUGCAAAGUCAGUGUCCGGAGCUCACAACUCGCCGCCGAGGCGAAAGACGUCGGGACGAGAGGAUGCCGACUCAGAUGUCGAGGUUAGGGGGCCGGCUAUUGAGGGCCGUGGCAAGAAGCAUCCUGAGAGGAAGCAGAAGCAUAAGGAGCUUGCGAAACAGCUUACAAAAGAACAUGUGAAGUGGCUGAAGGAUCUGCCACUUAUCCUUAAAGUUGGGGAUAUCAAAGGGAUGGGGAGUUUGGUCGUGGUACAUGCCGGUUUGAUGCCUGGCUUGAAGCUCAGAAGGCAGGACCCCUUUAUGGUUAUGAACAUUCGCACUAUAAACCUAAAGAAACUUGAACCAAGUGAGAGGCACAAGGGAAGUGUGUGGACGAAGUUAUGGAACGAAUUUCAGUCCCAUCUCCCAGAGGAUGAACGCACCACAGUCAUAUACGGGCAUGAUUCUCGACGGGGCCUAUCUCUUGGCGAUUAUACGAAGGGGAUAGAUACAGGAUGCUUAAAGGGUGGGAAGCUGACUGCAUUUGUGCUUGAAGGGCGGAAACGAGAAGUCAAGACAAGCCUGGUUCAUGUGAAGUGUAGAUAGAAGUGUUUUUGAGCAGCGAGUAUGGUGGUAGCUGGUGUCCUUGAUGAUAGUAAACAUUGGACGGCAUCACAAGAUGGCGUCUGGCGACAGAUACUCUGGGUUAAGACGAACAAUCGAUACGAGCCAUGGUGCAAGCCAGUAUAAUAUUCUAAUUACGACAGUUUAAUAUAUAUACAAUAAUAUAAUACAGUUUGG